CUUAAAUCCCACCUCUCAAUGUUUACGUCCGGGUCGUACAGAUCGCACGCUUCUGAGGAACAUGUGAGAUAUACAUGCACUGAGUGGUUUACAGUGGUCUAUACAACGUUUUAUAGCGUACAUGGUGAAGAAUGGCGUCUAUGGAGGAAGAUUUUCCCCGUGGUGGGACAGAGAAAAAUACCACUGAGCCCAAAAAAUGUGUUAAAAAACAUGACGUGGACAAUCUUUUUGAAACACGUGAAACAGCAGUUGCAAAGAAGAGAAAGGUUGUGCAGCAGGAUGAAACGAAAAAAACUAAAAAACAAAAAGUCCAAGCAGGGGAUUUAAAACUUAAUGCUGUCGCCAGUGUGGAAAUUCUUCAUCUUCGGAAUCUGAAGAUUGGCACUCUGAUGCUGGGUUGUGUGAAGGAAGUAUCUGAUUUUGAGGCGGUAGUUGGUCUCCCCAGCGGUCUUGUUGGUUACCUGCCAGUCUGCAACAUUUGUGACUCCUACACCAAUAUUCUUAAAGACAACCUUGACUCUGAAGACAGUUUGAAGGAACCUGUCUGUCUCCCAGAACUACUUGCUCCUGGAAUGCUGAUCAGAUGUGUGGUGUCGUCUUUAGACUCUGUUAAGGAGGGUCAAAUUAGUCUUAAAGUGUCAAUCAACCCAAAACAUGUUAACAAGGGGUUGAGUUCAGGUUCUUUGAAACCUGGAAUGACACUGAGUGGUUGUGUGGAGAGUGUAGAAGAUCACGGCUUCCUGGUUGACAUCGGAAUCAGUGGCACUAAAGCUUUCCUGCCCAAAAAGAGCACAUCCUCAAAACAAGAUCUGAAUGUGGGUCAGUACGUGACGGUCUUAAUAGAGGAAGUCAAGAACGAUGGACGUGUUGUGCGUCUGUCCCAGGAUCCCCAAGCUCUUGGAAAGGCCUUUGCAGAGACCCAGCAAGGAUGGACUCUUGACACCCUCCUUCCGGGACUUCUGAUCCGAGCACGCAUCAAGAGGGUUACUCCUCAUGGGCUUAUUGUGACGUAUCUUUCGUCUUUCACUGGAAUGGUUGAUUUUCUGCAUCUUGAUGAGGACAAAGCAUCUACCUACAACACAGGAGACGAGGUUGUGGCACGGGUUUUGUAUGUGGAGCAGUCCACGCGACAUGUGAGUCUGUCCCUGCGCAGGCAUCUCCUUCCACCAGGGGGCGCUGUGCUGGAUAGCGUCUCCAGUGAGCAAGUGGGUGAGGUGGUUCAGGGCUGUAAGAUAACUGCUUUGCACCAUCACUCUGGAGCCUUGUUGAAGAUGCCUGACGAGACCACGGUCUUUGUGCAUAAAAACCUCAUAAAGGAGGCCAAAGAAGAUUUCAACCCAAACCAGUUGCUGUCCCAGCCUGAGCACACUCUGAGAGUCAUAGAUUACAGUCCUAUGGAGCAAAUGCACCUGGGCACACUGCGCAGGGGUACUGUUGAAUGUCAGUACUUCAGAUAUCAAGACAUCAAAGUGGGGCAAAUUAUUGAGGGUACAGUUAUGGAUUUGCAGAAACAUGGCGUCAACGUGAGGAUAACGGACCACAUCAGAGGGCUGAUACCCAAAUUUCACAUGGCCGAUGUCGUCUUAAAGAACCCACAGAAGGUGUUUUAUAGUGGGCUGAAGGUCAAAUGCAGGGUGUUGUCAGUGGACACUCAGCAGAGAAAGUUGUUCCUGACCAGGAAGAAGGGCCUUAUUGAGUCCAGACUCCCUCUCUUCCUCUCCUACGCUGAUGCCAAGGUGGGCUGCAUCUCCCACGGCGUCAUCAUGUGCAUAAAGGACUUUGGCUGCAUCGUUCGUUUCUAUGGAGACGUGAGCGGUCUGGUUCCUAUGCAGGAGCUGUCCACAGAACGUGUGGCUAAUCCACAAGAUCUCUUCUUCGUUGGCCAGGUUGUCCAAGCCAAAGUCUUGAGGUGUGAUGAAAAAAAUAAGAUGCUACGUUUAUCCUUCAAGGCCGUUACUGAGGGAGACAUAAAAGAGGUGCAGACUGCCAAAUUUGACUUUGAGGUUGGAAAGACGGUCGAAGUGUCAGUAUGCCGCAAAGUACUAAAUGGUCUAGAGGUCACCAUUUUACCUGAGGAGGUGCCAGCUUUCAUACCCACAGUGCAUCUCUCUGACCACGUGACCAACUGUUUUCCCCUGUGGAGUGCGCUGGAGGAGGGCGACACAAUCUCUAAUGUAAUGUGUCUCAGCAAGACCAAGAAGAAGGGAAUUAUUCUCACUAAGAAACCCCUGCUGAAGGCCUGUCUACAUGGCGUCCCAAUAAACCUCUCUGAGCUCCAGGUGGGGAUGGAGAUGGUCGGCUGGGUGAAGAGCUUCAUGCCUUACGGAGUCUUCGUCGAUUUCCCAUAUGAACUCUUUGGCCUCGCUCCUAUAGCUGCCAUGAGUGACCAGUUCAUCUCAGACACCAAAUCCGCCUUUGACAUCGGCCAAACGGUUGUUGCCAAAGUCAAGAAUGUGGACACGGAGAAGAAGAGGUUUCUGGUCAGUCUGAAGGUGUCAGAAUUGACUAUCUCAGAGGAAGGCUCCCAAGACAGACUGAUCCAGGGUCUGAAGGAAAGGAUGGCCGUCUCUGAAAUGAUGACUUGCAGAGGGGAGUCUGAGGUCCUGCAACAGCUCUCUGCUGUAUCACUAGGAGAUAAACUGAAGGUGACGGUGGGAGAUGCUAGAGAGGAUGGCAUGGUCACACUGACCUCAGAUCAGCUUAGAGAAGCCACUGUAUUGGUCUCAAAGGACCACACAAAAGGUGUGAAUGUGAGUCCAGGCUGCAAACUCACUGCAGUGAUUCUUCAUGUCGACUUUUUGAAGUCUGAAGUUCAAGUGUCGCUGCUUCCAGAGUUGACCGCGACGAGGAAACAGUUGGAAAAGGGCUCCAAACUCACCGCCACAAUCCAGUACACUGACAAAGACUUUGCUGUCGUCUCAUUGGGUGACACCGGUCGCAUGAGCAUCAUUCCCACUCACACUCACAUAAAUGACAUCUUCAGUUCAAACAAAUUUCACGUCGGUUCCUGUCUAAAUGUGACCGUGGAAGAGCCGAGCUGCAACGAGUUGGGAGGACUUCCUCUUGUUGCGUGUCAAAAAGAGAACGCUAACUUGGAGUGGAGCAAAUCUAAUAGCACAGAUCCGGAGGAAGUGGUGACGGCGAUAGUAAAGAAGGUAAAGCCCACGGAACUGUUGGUGACGGUGCUGUCAGGGACCAAAGGGACUAUCCACGUAUCCCAGAUCGAGGAGUCACCCGUGGUUGGCAGCUUACCAACGACAUCCCUAAAGGUCGGGAGCAAAGUCGAAGCCAGAGUGACUGGAGGAUACACAGUUCAUGGUCGCUGGUUCCUGCCAAUCUCUAACCCUGACCUUCACGCUUACCAGCUUGAACUCAGUCUUUUGCCCAGAAAACCAAAUGAAAUCAAAGUGAAAUACAAACCUGGAGAAGAAAUCAUAUGCUUUGCAUCAAAGUACGUCAAAGAAACCCAAAGCUUAGAAGUUCAUGUCAAGCCUAACGUCAUGGGAACCGUUGAACUGUUAGCCAUGAUCACUAAAGCUGGGCAAGCGAACCACCCACAGACGCUUUAUAAACCAGGACAGACCAUUUGUGCAAAGGUUGUUGGUGUUAGUACCAGCAGGCCUAUUCAUCUCUCCCUUUCGCUCACAGGGACGCACAAGCUGGAGCAAGGGGUGAUCACCAUGGCGAUAGUUCGGAAAGUUGAGCCUCACAUGGGACUGUUUCUCAAACUCCCAUUUGAGAAUUUGGGUUUCGCUUCGAUGAUGGAUCUCUCUGAUGAAUACAGCGACAACCCGCUAGAGCCCUACAAGCAGGGCGAGCUAGUCCGGUGCUACGUUAUUGGAGAGGAAAAUCGAAAAUUCAAUGUUUCAUUGCGCCCCUCAAGAUUGUAUAAGGAACAUAAGAAAGUUACAGACCCAGACAUUCAGUCAAUUUCCGAUAUAACAGAGGGCCAGAUUAUCAGGGGCUAUGUGACGGUUAUUAAUGAUCAAGGCGUAUUUGUGAGGUUAUCAAGGAAAAUCACAGGAAGAGUUCAGUUCCAGCACGCAACAAAAUACCUCGUGAACGACCCAGAAACUCUUUCCGAACACAUUACCAAGAGUUCACUGGUGACAGCCAAGGUUCUCAGUGUGAACAGUGCCCAUGUGAACCUGUCGCUGCUGUCAGAUGACACAGGGAAACCAGAUAUACUCCCAGAAUCCCUUGAACUUCCAUUGCGUUUGAUGGAAGAACAGAAACAAGAAAGUGACAAGAUAGCCACCAAAAGAAAAAAGGUUAUUUCUGAGAGCCAGCAACAAGAUGAUGAGAAUAAUGGACAGACAGUCGAAAAGAAACAAAGUGACAAGAUAGCCACCAAGAGGAAACCGGUUAUUUCUGAGAGCCAGCAACAAGACGAUAAGAAAAAUGGACAGACAAUCAAAAAGAAACAAGAAAGUGACAAGAUAGCCACCAAGAGGAAACAGGUUAUUUCUGAGAGCCAGCAACAAGAUGAUACGAAAAAUGAACAGACAGUCAAAAAGAAACAAGAAAGUGACAAGAUAGCCACCAAAAGGAAACUGGUCAUUUCAGAGAGCCAGCAACAAGACGAUAAGAAAAAUGAACAGACAAUCAUGAAGAAAAAAGCAUGCUCAGAUAAGGACAAAUCCACAGAAAAGCAGAAAACAUUAAAAGAGAAGAAACUGAAAACUAAAGCAGAGGAUAAUGACAGUGGUGUAGAAGUGUUCUUCAGAGAGGAGGAAGAGAAGCCCUUGCAUAAAAAAUGUGACCAAGUGAAGGGGAAGCUGGAGAAAAAGGAACCAAAACGGCUGCAGGUGGCUUUUGACUUCCCGUGGGAAUCCACACUGUGCUCUUUAACACCUUUUGCCACAGUAGGCGACACUCAUGAUUCCAGUGAGGAUGAGCAGGAAGUCACGAGCAAGCCUGUGAAGAAAACACGUAAAGAGCUAAAGGAGGAGAAGCAGAAUGCGGAGCAGCAGCUCAGCAAGCUGGAGGCGGAACUCAUGGACACGUCUGUACGUCCAGACAACACGACGGCGUUUGAGCGUCUGCUCCUGUCGUCUCCGGACAGCUCCCUCCUUUGGCUGCAGUACAUGGCUUUCCAUCUGCAGUCCACGCAGAUCGAGCAGGCGCGUGCGGUCGGCGAGAGAGCCCUCAAAACCAUCUCCUUCAGAGAGGAGCAGGAGAAGCUGAACGUGUGGGUGGCCAUGCUAAAUCUGGAGAACAUGUACGGGACACAAGAAAGCUUGCAAAAGGUCUUUGAACGGGCCGUCCAGUACUGUGAACCUCUUCCUGUGUAUCAGCAGCUAGCCGACAUUUACGCCAAGUCAGACAAGAUCAAAGAGGCUGAGAAUCUUUAUAAAAACAUGGUGAAACGCUUCAGACAGGAGAAAGCCGUCUAUCUGAGUUACGGCAACUUCCUGUUACGACAGCGCCAGAGCGACGCUGCAAGUGCCCUUCUGCAGAGGGCGCUGCAGAGCCUGUCCAAUAAAGAGCAUGUGGAUCUUAUUUCCAAGUUUGCUCGGUUGGAGUUUCAACAUGGGAACACUGAGAAAGCCAAAUCCAUGUUUGACAAGGUCCUAAGUACCUAUCCCAAACGCACAGACCUGUGGUCUGUGUUCAUAGACUUGAUGGUGAAGCACGGCUCACAGAAGGAAGUGAGGGAGCUUUUCGAUCGUGUGAUUCACCUGAGCGUGUCCGUGAAGAAGAUCAAGUUCUUCUUCAAGCGUUACCUGGAGUACGAGAAGAAGAACGGCACACCCGAGACCAUCCAGGCGGUCAAACAGAAAGCUCUAGAAUACGUGGAGUCCAAAGGAUCAGAUACCACCAGCUAGUGCCAUCAAUUUAACCCUAAUAGGAUAUUUGAGGACAAAGGAUCUUUGUCCUCCUGCUUUUUUAUCCCUUGUGCACCUAUUAACAAAUGUCUGGAGGUGCAUAUGUGUAUAUCCUGACCUUUGCUGUCAUAUCAUUGAAUGUCUAUAAAUGACUGCGUUUACCUAUUUGAUAAGUGAUGAUUAUGGAUUAACGUAUUGCUGUAAUAUGAAGUCAUUCACGUUUUGCAAUUAAAUAUUCCGCUAUCAAAAGCUCCAGAAAUAUUUUUUUUAUAAAAAGGAAGGUUAACCACAAAAACAUGACGUUUUAUUUAAAAACAAACAAUACAAAAUAACAAUGAAAAGGGAACAAUUCAAGCAAUGAACACGAUAUUGGAUAAGAACUGCUGGUUACUGAUUACAUAUUUAAUAUUUCUGUAAGGACUACGCAGGAUCUUCAUGAAGACCGUAGUACCAGUCGAACAGACAGUGCACUACACCUACAACCCUAUUAUCACAUAUAUACGGCCGUCCGCUGACAGCAGAAGUUUAAUUGCCGAAGUUUAAUGUUUUCUUUUGUUGCCUGGUUAGAUCCCCUGAGGCAAACUCCUGAGAUAUUCACCUCUCAUUUUGACGUCCGUUACCCAGCAUGCACGGUGUGUCCCUCGCUUCAGAACCUCGGCACGAUACUACUUUAAAGAUUAUUGUGGCACGAUAUAUAGGAGAUUAUUCUUAUGUUUGGCUACUGGCAAUAUGGUACUCAA